GGAGGUGGGCUGGGGGCAGUCAAAGAGGGAGGGACCUCGUGGUGCUGCUUCCAGCUCACUCAUUGUGCAGGGUGGGAAAGUGAGCCCCGACUAGUCCAGAGGGACUGGUAAGAGGCUGUGUCCAGGGCCCUGUCUCCAUUGCCACGCUGCGUAUGGGGGCCUGGACUUUGCCACUAGUGAGAGAGAACAUGGAAGCUGCCGCUGCCCGGGCACUUGCACCCCACCUACCUCCUUCCCCAGUGACUCUUUUCACAGAACAGAUGGACAGCACCCCUAAACUGGAUGGGAUAAAUGCGGCAGAGGGCAGGCACCAGCAAGGGGGUGGCAGUGAGUUUCAUAACAGUUGCCCUCUGCUGACAGUACUGUAGACUUUCUUACCUACCCGUUAACCUUUUCCUUGAAAGUAGGUGCUGUUCUUUCUGCCUUAUUUUCUGCAAGUGGAAGCUGAGGCUCAGAGAGAUUGUGUGGUGGUUUGCCCUAGGUGACAUGUUUGGAAAGAGCCGACCCCACAGGCUUCCCCCGAACUCCUUGCACCUGUUUGAAAUUUACCCCUUCCCCAGACUUCCUUCUUAACCCUUUCUCUCCUAGCAGGGACCAAGCUUGACCUCUCCCUCCCCAAACCCUUCUCUGAUCCUUCCUCUGCUAGCCAAGAGUCAUGCCACUGACCUUCAGGACUUGCAGAGAUUUAAAGCAAGCCUUGGAUGUGUAGGGCUGUGAGGCAGCUGGAGUUGGGAGGCCUCGGCACAGUCUAUGCCAGCAGUUCACUCCUAUGCCAGGCACAUGGUGGCUGGCAGCCUGUCAGCUAAGCCCUGGGGCCUGUUUAGCAUCUAUCAGGAGGGUAUCAGGGAGGCUGGAAUCAGGAGCCCAGCUGCCAGGCCCUGCAGGGAUACUGGAGGACAGUCGGGAGUCACAGCAGAUGGCUCCCUGCCAAACUGCCUGGGUUAUAUAACCGUCUCCUCUCUCCCUGAUUGCCCUGCCAUCCUGGAGACAGGCAGUGUAACAGUGGGGCACUUAAGAGCGUGGGUUCUAUUGGACUUUCAAUCUUACUUGGGCAGGUCUUGAUGUCCUCAGCUGUAAGAGGGAUGUAAUGACAAGAGGAUCUGAUAAGAUGUUAAGCCUUGCUUUGAGCCUGGUGGACAAGGCAAGCGUCCGGCAUGGCGGAGAGAACGUGGCCGCUGUGCUGAGGGCCCAUGGCGUGCGGUUCAUCUUCACGCUGGUCGGUGGGCACAUUUCCCCGCUGCUGGUGGCCUGUGAGAAACUGGGCAUCCGUGUGGUGGACACACGCCAUGAAGUCACGGCUGUCUUUGCUGCUGAUGCUGCGGCCCGCCUGUCCGGAACGGUGGGCGUGGCGGCAGUGACAGCAGGCCCUGGCCUCACCAACACGGUGACGGCGGUGAAGAAUGCUCAGAUGGCUCAGUCCCCAGUCCUGCUUCUGGGUGGGGCCGCCAGUACUCUGCUGCAGAACCGGGGUGCGCUCCAGGCCAUUGAUCAGCUGUCCCUUUUCCGGCCACUCUGUAAGUUCUGUGCGUCUGUGCGGAGGGUGCGGGACAUCGUGCCCACCCUGAGGGCCGCGAUGGCUGCCGCCCAGUCGGGCACCCCAGGUCCGGUGUUUGUGGAGCUGCCCAUUGACGUGCUGUACCCCUACUUCAUGGUCCAGAAGGAGAUGGUGCCAGCCAAGCCACGCAAGGGCCUCGUGGGCCGAGUGGUCUCCUGGUAUUUAGAGAAUUACCUGGCCAACCUCUUUGCGGGGGCAUGGGAGCCUCAGCCCGAGGGACCGCUGCCCCUGGACAUCCCCCAGGCUUCCCCGCAGCAGGUUCAGCGCUGUGUGGAGAUCCUGAGCCGGGCCAAGAGGCCCCUAAUGGUGCUAGGGAGUCAGGCCCUGCUCACCCCGAAGUCUGCCGACAAGCUUCGGGCUGCCGUGGAGACCCUGGGUGUUCCCUGCUUCCUCGGGGGGAUGGCACGGGGGCUGUUAGGCCGCAACCACCCCCUCCACAUCCGGGAGAACCGCAGUGCGGCCCUGAAGAAGGCAGAUGUCAUUGUUCUAGCAGGGACCGUGUGCGACUUUCGCCUAUCGUAUGGCCGUGUCCUCAGCCACAGCAGCAAGAUCAUCAUUGUCAAUCGUAACCGGGAAGAUAUGUUGCUCAACUCAGACGUCUUCUGGAAGCCCCAGGAGGCUGUGCAGGGAGAUGUGGGUUCCUUCGUGCUGAAGCUGGUGGAGGGCCUUCAGGGCCAGACAUGGGCCCCAGACUGGGUGGAGGAGCUGCGGGAAGCUGACCGGCAGAAGGAGCAGACCUUUCGGGAGAAGGCAGCGAUGCCUGUGGCCCAGCACCUGAACCCAGUGCGGGUGCUGCAGCUGGUGGAGGAAACGCUACCUGACAACUCAAUUCUGGUGGUGGAUGGCGGGGACUUUGUGGGCACUGCCGCCCAUCUGGUACAGCCCCGUGGCCCCCUGCGCUGGCUUGAUCCUGGGGCCUUUGGGACUCUGGGAGUUGGCGCAGGAUUUGCACUUGGGGCCAAGCUGUGCCGGCCGGAUGCCGAGGUCUGGUGCCUGUUUGGGGAUGGAGCUUUUGGCUAUAGCCUCAUCGAAUUUGAUACGUUCGUCAGACACAAGAUCCCAGUGAUGGCCCUCGUAGGGAAUGAUGCUGGCUGGACGCAGAUUUCUCGGGAGCAGGUGCCGUCUCUGGGCAGCAACGUGGCCUGUGGCCUGGCCUACACUGAAUAUCACAAGGCAGCCAUGGGUCUGGGGGCCCGGGGCUUGCUGCUCUCACGGGAGAACGAGGAUCAGGUGGUCAAGGUGCUGCACGAUGCCCAGCAGCAGUGCCGAGACGGCCACCCGGUGGUGGUGAACAUCCUCAUUGGGAGGACGGACUUCCGCGAUGGCUCCAUUGCUGUAUAGGGCCUUGUGGGGUCAGGAUGCUUGGCUGCCUUCCUGCCGCCGGACUGUGUCCAGCUGGUUUGGAGUCUCAUCAUUGCUUGCCCUGGGCCUAUCCCAUGAGGCCCGAUGAUUCCACAACCUCCCUGAGGAGGGGAUGGAGGGGUCAAAGCUCAGAGAGGCUCCCUUGUGAGCUCUUCAACCCUCCUCUCCAUGGACCCAACUGUGCCCUUUGUCCCCUCUCUUACGGAGACUGAAUAAACCACCUCUGGCCCACGUGGGCCCACACACUCAAUCUCA